AUGAGUGCACCCAAGUCAAUAAACAUCAAAAGAAAAAGCAGCGAAAGCAAUAGUAACAAUAUCGUUGGAUCGUACUCAAGCAGACGAUCUCAGCAGAUUAAUCGCUUAACUCAUUCUCCUAUGCAGGAAGGAUUUCUUUCUCAACAAAAUGAUAUAAAGGAUUUGCUUCCACAAAAUGACACAGCUUCUUCUCAAUCAAAUUGGCUGUCGAGUCGCCCGUCUGAGCAUGAGAGACCCAUGUACACAAACUAUGGUUCUCUUGCACGUGAGGAAAGAGUACCGCACCGUUUAGGACAAGUUUCUGAUGAUAUGUCAACCAUAAAAGACGCAAAUAUUGUUCGCCGUCAUUUGAACACAAAAGUUUUAAAAAACGACGACGAGUUUUCGUCCUUACAUUUGCAAGGUGGUGAUGUCCACCGACAAGUGUAUCGUUGGCAAGAAGAAAUGGAUCAGAAUCAAGUUAUACGCCGUGGGCGCUCUCGCUCCUUUUCAACUUUAAACCCUAAUUCUAGCGAUAUGGGUAGGAAUAUCCAGGAGCUGAAACAAGCAGGCGGUAUGCGAAGAGAUUUCCUUCUAAAUCGACCUAGCAGCCUUUCUAUAGGAGCCCCUAGCAACUUAUCUGUCCAACCAAACUUCUUAAAUAGAAAUUUUAUCGAGUUUCUUUCGGUUUAUGGUCAUUUUGCAGGUGAAGAAUUGAGUGAAGAAGAUGAAGAAGAGGAAGAAGAUUUUGCCAUGCCCAGACGUGUUCCUCCAUCGAUGAUCCAAUCUUCUGAUACGUUAGAGCAAGAGUCUUUGCUUGGUUCUCAACAAAUCCGUCAUAAAGCACUACCAAAAGGUAGUGCUUCUAAUGGGAAGGCUGUCCUUCUUUUACUGAAAUCAUUUGUCGGAACAGGUGUUCUUUUUCUGCCUAAAGCUUUUUUACUGGGCGGCCUUGUCUUUUCUAGUAUAUGCUUGUUGGUGGUGGGACUCUUAUCCCACGUCUGUUUUCUUCUUCUCAUUGAAACGCGAUCGAAAAUACCUGGGAGUUUCGGUGACAUUGGUGGCACUUUAUAUGGCCCCAAAAUGCGAUUAGCAAUUCUAACUUCCAUUGUUGUAUCUCAAAUUGGAUUUGCUAGUGCAUAUAUAUCAUUUGUAGCCAGUACAUUGCAGGCAUGCGUUCGAGCUGUUGUUGCGUCGCACAAAGAGUACCAUGUUGCCAUCUUUAUAUUUCUGCAGUUCCUUGUCUUUGUGCCUUUGUCAAUGAUACGGAAAAUAUCAAAACUCUCGGCUACUGCAUUGAUCGCCGAUGCCUUUAUUCUUCUUGGAAUUUUGUAUCUUUACUUCUGGGAUGUUUUUACUUUAGCAACGAAGGGCAUUGCUGACGUAGUUUUGUUUAACAGAACAGACUUUAGUCUAUUUAUUGGCGUUGCUAUUUUCACAUAUGAAGGUAUUUGUCUGAUUCUUCCAAUACAAGAACAAAUGGCAAACCCCAAAAAUCUUCCUAAAGUGCUAUCAGGAGUUAUGCUCGCUAUUUCACUUUUGUUUAUUUCAAUUGGUGUUCUUUCGUAUGCUGCUUUUGGCUCAAAAGUACAAACAGUUGUCAUCCUUAAUAUGCCUCAAAGCUCUUUUACGGUUGCCAUCCAGUUUCUUUAUGCUGUGGCUAUUUUGCUCAGUACACCAUUACAGUUAUUCCCUGCUAUAGCUAUUAUUGAACAGGGAAUAUUUACGAGAAGUGGUAAACGUAAUCGUAAAGUGAAGUGGAGGAAAAAUACCUUGCGUGUAUUUAUUGUCAUUUUUGCCAUUCUGGUGUCUUGGGCGGGCUCUUCUCGUUUAGACCAAUUUGUCAGUAUGGUUGGUAGUUUAUGUUGUAUACCAUUGAUUUACAUGUACCCUCCCAUGCUACAUUAUAAGGCAUGUGCAACGACGUGGAAACUUCGCGCCCUUGACGUUACCAUGUGGGUUAUUGGUUUUGUUUCUAUGGUCUUUACGGCAUAUAUGACUUUACUCUAG